AUGGAAGAAGCUUUCGGGAAGUCGUUUGCCAAAGCGCAGCAGCUUCACGGUGUUUCCUUGAGCUCGUUCAUAGCUUCGGUCUCCCUCUCUGCGGUGAUGUUCACAAUAGAAGUCCUUGUGUUUCUAGCUAUCCGCAAACGCUUCCCCGAUCUCUACUCUACUGUUCCAGAUCACCUAGACAGCACUUCCACUACCUGGAGAGAAUAUAUUGCGACCAACCUUCUUCGGUUCGAGCGCCGCCGCGAACAUCUCGACAGGUACUUCUUUCGCCGGUACCUGCGGUCGCUGCUUCUGAUCUUCGCUCCCGCUGCUCUCCUCAUAACGCCGAUCCUAGUCCCCUUGAACUACACGCACGGGAAGAUGGCUGUGCGUGGAGUGAGCGGGCUCGAUGCCCUCGGGUGGUCCAACGUCGGCCUCGACCAAGCAGACCGGUACUGGGUUCAUCUCGUGCUCGCUUUGCUUUUUACUGCCCACGUUUGCUGGGUCAUCUGGAGCGAGCUUGGCUUCUACGUCGCAGCUCGGCAGCACUCACCUAGCACGAUGUUGCGCACAGUGCUCUUUGACUCUAUCCCAGACGACUGGAUGUCUGAGAAGAUACUCACGUCCCGACUCCAGAUCUUCCCUGGCCAGAUCACUGCCGUUUCCUUCAACCGCGACUACAGCACAGUUUCCCGGCUGGCAGCGCGGCGGGAACGUCUGGCGGCAGCCCUCGAGGCGGCUGAGACUGCCAAGUUGAGGAAAGCUUUCAGAGCUGGCGUACAGAAGCGGGCUAGAAGGUCAAGUACCACCAAAACGCGUCGGAGCUUAGACUGCCAAUCGCGGCGCCUCUUGAAUCUUCUUACCUGGUUGAGAUUCGAAAAGGCCGACACUGCCCUGUUGUGUCGGGGAGAGCUUCGCGAGACUGGCGAGACGAUGGACUUCUACCGCAAAACACGAAGCGAGUUUCCGCCCCUGCGGUCCGCCUUCGUCACCUUCGCCAAUCCACUCGCUGCCCACAUCGCGUGCCAGACGGUGAUCCACACCAGCGCAAGCUGCAUGACGCCUCGCACGAUGCCUUUGUCGGUAGGCGACGUGGUGUGGAGCAACACAGAUAUCACGUGGCGGGAUAGGACCCUACGCACCGUGCUUUCCAACGCGCUCAUUCUCAUCACGGCGAUUGCGUGCGUCGUACCGGUAGCGCUGGCAGGGCUCCUCUCCCAGAUCAUCUACAUCACCCAGGCCGUGUCUUGGCUGAGCUGGAUCAGCGAGCUUCCCGAGUCUUUCCUAGGCCUGCUGCAAGGUGUGCUGCCCCCUGUGCUGGUAGCUGUUCUGGUGAGAGGGUUCGUUUUUGUGGCAGAGUACCUCGUCCGAAAGCAGGGCAUCUGCUCCAAGAGCCAGAUUGAUCUCAAGAUCCAAGACUACUACUUCUGCUUCCUCUUUGUUCAGGUCACCCUCGUCGUGUCUUUGGCUGCAGGGCUUACCGCCAUCGCGAACGAGAUCGCACGGGGAGCUUCGCUCGCUGCGACGCUGGCGAAGAACCUGCCGAAAGCAAGCAACUACUUUCUCUCCUACCUUCUCUUGCAAGCUCUGUCGGUAAGUGCUGGCUCUCUGCUGCGGACAGACCGUCUGCUGGGGAAGUUCGUGCUUGGUCCCAUGUUCGACAAGUCAGUCACGCAGAUGGUGGUACGUAGGAGAGGUCCAGAUCUCCAGUGGGGCACCUUUGUACCUGUCUUCACAAACCUCUCUUGCAUCGGACUGCUCUACGCGAUCAUCUCCCCGAUCAUCCUCCCCUUCCAGGUCCUCACCAUCGGCUUGUUCUGGGUCAUCUACUCCCAUUCGAGGAUACUCCUUACUGAACACGAUCACGGCGGCCUCUUCUAUCCUAAAGCACUCAAGCAUCUCUUGGCUGGCCUCUACCUAAUGCAAGUCUGUCUGGCAGCGCUGUUUUUUCUGGUACGAGACUCGCAGGGCAGUGCCAGAUGUAUCGGACAGGCGUGUGUCAUAGUGCUUGCUACCGGACUGACCGCCGUGUACCACCGCUUGCUUUGCAGAGCGUUCAAUCCGUUGCUGAGCUUCUCUCCCACCGCGCUCAAGGACGCGCUGGCCCAAGACACGCCGGCCGAGGAUGCAACUCCAGCCAAGGAUGCAACACCGUCCCCUCUGUUUCUGCACGAGGCGCUUACGUCCACCCCGGUGGUUCGCAUUCCCAGCGACGAUCUCGGACUCGGCUCUGCUCGAGCGCUGCAGCUCAGAGAGGAACUGAAAGGAGUGACUGUAUCCGACACGGACGCAGUGGUCACCGCAUCAGGUAAGAUAGAGCUACGAUAG